AUGAUUCCAUCCGGAAUGUUUCUACUCGACACGACGAAUCCUCGCUUUUACACAUGUUGCCGACAAAUGCAUGUAAAGAUGGCUCUUUUCGUUGUGAUCGUAAUUCUCACUUUCCUGGAGGUUCUUGACACAAUUUUGUUCAUUUUCAAUGAGAAUUACAGUUUGGACUCGUUGACUCAAGCGAUUUACGAGGUCUUUGAAUAUGUGGUGGUCUUUUGUUUAAUUCUCGCAUUUAUCAAGGAAAAAUCGAUCUUUCUGAUACCGUAUAUUGGGCAAAUGAUCUUGCUCAAUGUGGUCCUCGCUUUGGUGAUGUUCCAAUGGUUGUACACUUUCUUUUUCCCCUACAGCGAUAUGGCAAAACAGUUCAUCGUUGACCCAAAUAUGGGAAGAUUUGAGAGAAUGGGAGUUUUCUUGUUCCUCGUCGGGAUCUCCGUGUUGGCUUACCUGAUUGUAUUUUGGUUUUUGCAGGUCGGUUUUUGUUGCUACAUGUACUUUGAGGAUCGUACAAAUAAGAAGAAAACGAUGGCCUCAACUCCUCAAGAAGUCACUGUUCAGGGUAACAACGGUCGCUUGACCUUGGUGAAUCAACCAAAUCAACCCGGAACCUCAAACAAACCACCUGAGAAUCUCGAUCCUUUCGCUGAUCCUCUUGCAGCCACUCCAUCACAGAGCCACAAGCCUCAAACAGUUGGUGGCAAUUUCGCAAACCCGAAUUUCAGUCUCUCCGACGAAGAGGACGACGAGGUUUUCCAAAGUCGAAAACCCGGCAACAAUCCGCCAAUUGCU